AUGAAAGAGGUCUGCAGACGUCUUCAAAGUGCAGGUUUCAAUAGUGCAAUUUGCAAGUCUAAGUGGAGGAGCUCACCAGAUAUUCCAUCAGGUGAACAUACCUUUCUGGAUGUAAUAGACAACUCAAAUUCCAAAAAAGGAGCGAGGGUGAUCAUAGAAUUGAGUUUUCGAGCCGAAUUUGAGAUGGCAAGAGCAAGUGAAGAAUAUAACCAGCUUAUCAAGAGGCUUCCCGACGUAUUUGUAGGUAAAAUUGAAAGAUUGUUAUCUUUAAUCAAGAUUUUGUGCUCGGCAGCUAAAAGGUUCAUGAAGGACAAGAAAAUGCACUUGGGGCCAUGGAGAAAACACAAAUACAUGCAAGCUAAAUGGCUGAAAACUUGUGAACGUACAACAUCUUCUGCACCCUUAUCAACAGCAUGCUCUAGCCGACCAGCUCGGCCGAGGGCUUCCAUGCUUACAGUAGAUUUGUUGGAGAGCAUGCCCGGUUUACAUCUUACAGCAGUUGAAGUCAUAUACAUCAUCUGUUCCACUUCUACUUGGCCUUCAAUUUUCGUGUGUGUGUACAAAAUAGCGAGAUGCCUUCGGGCCUUCGAGAAAAUCAAUCUUAUUGCGCCUUUUGAUCGUUUGCUCUACUGA